AUAAUCCAGUAGCACUGGUCAAUCAAGCGACGCCCAGCAUUUGGGAACUGAACUUAGUUGCAACAACAUACUUACCCGUGACUCCAUGGCUUCAGGCUGAGUUUCUUUCUUCAAGGGUCUCACAGUGACAAGACUACAAGAUUAUGACAACACUCCCUCCUACUACUAGAGAUGCUGUUCGAGCUCGGGCUUCUCAAGAUAUAGCGGCGAGGGCGGCAAAGUCGCCCACGCCACGAAACCGCAGCCGCGCACCAUCUUCUACAAGAUAUGAAUACAGAGACGAUGACUCUUUCGACGGCUCGAAAGCUAUAUCUAUUCAUGCCGCGCUAUCGACUCUUCUUCAAAGUGAGAAGUUCUCAGACAUAACCAUCAUCUGUGGGGAGCGCCAGUUCAAAACCCAUCGCGCUGUUGUAUGCACUCAGUCUCCUUUCUUUGAUAAAGCAAUGAGCGGCGACUACAUGGAAUCUACGUCACGAUCUAUUGAGCUGCCGGAAGAUGAUCCUGAUGUCGUGGAGCGGUUCCUCGAGUUCUUGUACACUGGAACCUACAGUGACGGCGUAAACUUUACGUGGGGAAAGCCAGCUAAAGCGGCUCUACUAGAUCCCGAAAGUGUUCUUCAGAGCUUACAGCAGCCAGCGUGCGGUAGUCAAGAAACGGGCAUGUCGUCUCCUGCGCAAGGAACUGAAGACUGGAUUUCCAAAGACGAGCGUGAUGAAGAGCCAGAUGAAGAAUACAAUGAGUACGACGAGGACCCGGAUGAUUCUUCAAACGAUGGUGAUGUGGCGGGAGGUGAACAAUCUAAGCUCGCAAAGGUGACAGAAGCGGUGGCAUUCGGUCACUGCAGUCGGACGGAAGGAUUAAAGCAAUUCGCUGAUUUACGUAGCGACAUGACACUGCCUCUCCGGCUUUACGUCAUGGCAGACAAGUACGACGUGCCUGCCCUUCGACUUCUGGCGCGUGAUCGAUUCUACCGCGCCGUAGAGCUCGUUUGGGAAGAAGCCAAGUGCUUUCCUGACGUGGUUGAUGAGUUGUAUCAGACCACGUCGCCAACUGACACUGCGAUGAGAGAGAUUUAUAUCGUAGCAAGCUUUUAG